AUGGCGGCGGCGCUGAGGGGCCGCGCGGGCCCGGGCGGGGCCGGGGCGCUGUGGCGGCUGCAGAGCCGGCGGCGCAGCUCCUUCGACGUGGCCGUGGUGGGCGCAGGGAUCGUGGGGCUGGCGGCAGCCCGGGAGCUCAUCCAGCGCCAUCCCUCGCUGGCCUUCGCCGUGCUGGAGAAGGAGCAGGAGCCGGCCCACCACCAGAGCGGACACAACAGCGGUGUGAUCCACAGUGGGAUUUACUACACCCCUGGCUCCCUGAAGGCCAAGCUCUGCGUGCAGGGGGCAGCUCUCUGCUACAAAUACUGUGACCAGAAGGGAAUUCCCUACAAGCGGUGUGGGAAGCUGAUUGUGGCUGUGGAACAGGAGGAAAUUCCAAGGCUCAAAGCUCUGUAUGAGAGGGGGCUGCAGAACAACGUCCCGGGGCUGAAGCUCAUUGGAGCCAAGGAAAUCCAGGAGAAGGAGCCCUUCUGCAGGGGACUGAUGGCCCUUGAUUCUCCCUACACUGGCAUUGUGGAUUACAAACAAGUGGCCCAGUCCUAUGCCAGAGACUUCCAGGAAGCAGGUGGGACAAUCCUGACUGAUUUUGAAGUCACAAACAUGGAGGUGGCCAAAGAAAGUUCUCCAGAAAGUGAAGAUGGACUGAAAUACCCAGUCAUUGUUAGGAACAAAAAGGGUGAGGAAAUCUCCUGUGGGCACAUUUUGACCUGUGCAGGCCUUCACUCCGACCGCCUGUCCGAGAUGAGCGGCUGCAGCCCCGAGCCCCGCAUUGUCCCCUUCCGGGGGGAUUAUUUGGUGCUGAAACCGGAAAAAUCUUACUUGGUGAAAGGAAAUAUUUAUCCAGUUCCCAACCCUCGGUUCCCGUUCCUGGGGUUCCAUUUCACUCCCAGGAUGGAUGGCAGCGUUUGGCUUGGCCCUAAUGCAGUGCUGGCCUGUAAGAGAGAGGGCUACAAACUCCUGGACUUCAGCCCUGGAGACUUUCUAGAUGCUGUAACCUACAGGGGGCUGAGGAAGCUGGUGCUGAGGAAUGUGUCCUACGGCCUGGGGGAGCUGUACAGAGCCUUUUCCAUCAGUGCCCAGGUGAGGCAGCUGCAGAAGUUCAUCCCUGAGGUCACCACCGAUGAUGUUCUCAGGGGUCCCUCGGGCGUGAGAGCCCAGGCUCUGGACAGCGAGGGCAAUUUGGUGGACGACUUCGUGUUCGACGGCGGCGCCGCGGGCGGCAGGGUGCUGCACGUCCGGAACGCUCCUUCUCCGGCCGCCACCUCCUCCCUGGCCAUCGCCGCCGCCAUCGCUGACGAGGCCGAGCGGCGCUUCCAGCUCUGAGCUCCGGGCGGGCUCUGCCCCCCUGGAACGCGGGGCCACCGGGCAGCGCCCGCGGCGCCCUCGGCAGCGGUGCCGUGCCCGCCGAGGUUGGGCCUCCCGAGCAGGAGCAGCCCGUGGGAGGGUGUCCGAGGCUCCGUGCCGGGGUUAUCCGCAGGGAUCGCCCGUGCUCCCGGCGCUCUCGGUGUGCUCCCGCUGCGUCUGCGCUCCUCUGGGGUGUCACACAGCAGUGAUGGACUCGAGGGGUAAGCCCUGCUUCAGGGCCCUGCUGCUGUGCAAUUAAAGGUUUUGUCAGAGAUCCAGAGCAGCAUUCAGAGCCUUCGGCGUGAACGUAGAGCGCUUCACAGAAAAAUGAGCUUAAAGGGGAUUACCAAGCCCAACUCAGUUGAGAUCUGCAAUUCGGAUACUCCGUCUGAUCGCUGUCUCUGUGUAUUUUUUUAAUAGAGGAGAAAUGAAAAUAGGGAUUUAAGCACUCACUUUUUAUUUAAUUUACAGCUGAUCAGAAACUUCAUCAGUGGGUUUGGGUUUCUUCCUACCCUUUGAAUGCUGGUAAUGCAAAAGGAGCUGAUCUUUGUCCAGCCAGUUGAGCAAUCCAGGGAAAAUGGUCUUUGGAACAGGGAAUGUGAAAGAAGGGAAGCUCCAGGAACCUGCCCUGAGUCAUGUUCGAUAUUUCUUCCCUUGGAGCCUGAACAGGGAUGAGUCAGGAAAGUUUCCCAUUUUCCCUGAGCACGAGGGGGGCUCAGACAGUGCUGGUGACUCCUCUGAGCUGCGCUGAUACCCGAUUUUUAUCAGAAAUAACCCCUGGAGGAGUCUGUGUGGAGAGGGGUGUGAAGUCAACUCAGUGCUGAGCCGAGGAUCUGGGAGUGUCCUGCAGAAUUGCUGUAAAGCAGAAUUUUGUGGCCUCAGGGACAAAGUAUUGAGGAUUUUUACAGCAGAGGCUCACAGGGCGUUGGGUAACUCAGAUAAUUGUGGGGAGUUGCUACCAGAAAAUUGGAGAUGGAUUUUUCCUUAAAAAGUAUUUUUCUGAGCUCCUCUGGAGUGGGUUAGCACAGGAGAGCAGCUGUGAGGCUGAUUUUACUGUACAGAUUGGAGACACUUCUUUUUUGAGGGGCGAAAAAAGGGCUUAACCCGCCUUCUAAAAAUUAUUUUUAUUUUUUCUCCUGGUAAAAUCUACUUUAGCAGCAAACUGACUGCUGGAAAUUCAAAUAACAACCCUUUCAGAGCAAAAUUUUGCUCACUUCAGGCAGAGAUUUGACCGUUCCAGGUCCUGCAGUGGCUCUGUAAAACUUCCCACAGUGGAACAAUUCUCUUUUCCCUCGGUGCCAGAAGUGUUGCCUAUCAACAGUAAAUCCUACAAAAGGAUUGCAAAAGCCACUUCCUCCCACACGGGGUGUGGCCCUGACAUGUAUUAACAGAAUAAAGAACAUUUAAAAUGCAAAGCAGACAGAGACCAGGGGGAGUCCUAAGUCAGCAUUUCCCUGUGCUGCCUGCGGUGCUUUUUCCUCUCAGGUGAUGAUUGUUUGGGGGCAGAGUUUAUUUGAAACUUAAAUUAUGAACCUUGAUGUAGCAUUCUGGGGAAAAAAAAAAAAAUGGGAUUUUUUCAGAGAUAAAAGUCUUACAUUUUAUUGUAAAAAUAAGUUCAGAGGUUACGAUAUCGGGGUUUCAGGCAUCGAUCUUGUUGCUCACAAGGUGUGAAAAUGUUUUAAUUUAUUUUCCAAAUGAGCCGCACUUUGACGAUUUCAUAAACGUGCCUUUUGUGAUUAAAAUAGUGUGGUGGGGUUUUUUAAAAUGCUGUGUGUUUCUCCUGACUCAGAGACAGGUUUCACUGGAAUUUGCUAAUUCUCAGCUGAAUUAGGCAGGAUAUCACUCUGUGUAACAGGAAUUACUUUGGGAGGGGGACACAGGACCAAACUUGCCUUCCUAAAUUAUCUUAUCUGUGCUUCUCACACCUCACAGCUUUUCCUCACUCGACAGGACUGCUCUUGAGGCUGCUCUGGGCCUGUUGGGACAGGUGGGAUGAGAAUUCCUGAAACUCUGAAUAAACGGU